AUGGCUACAAACUUCAACACCAGAAAAGGUGCAGCCUAUGCCACUACAUCAAGCUCAAUCCCUACUGAACAGUGGGCACAAGUUUUGGAAAAGACUGGGGGAGCUGUUCAGUAUAAAAAGAUCCCAGUUCCCACACCAGCAUCAGACGAAGUUUUGAUCAAUAUCAAGUAUAGCGGUGUUUGUCAUACGGAUCUUCACGCGGUCAACGGCGACUGGCCACUUGCCUCCAAAAUGCCUCUAGUCGGGGGCCAUGAAGGUGCAGGCGUGGUAGUAGCACGAGGAGAACUCGUCAAAGACGUCGAAAUAGGCGACCAUGUAGGUCUCAAGUGGCUUCAUGGCUCAUGUAUGAGCUGCGAACAAUGUCGCCAGUCCAACGAAUCUCUUUGUUCCCAUGCCUCACUUUCUGGCUAUACAGUCGACGGCUCAUUCCAGCAAUAUGCUGUCGGGAAGGCUGCGCACGUAGCGCGUAUUCCCAAGGACUGCGAUCUUGCCGGAGUAGCACCUAUCUUGUGUGCUGGACUUACCGUUUACAAAGCCCUCAAGUCCUCCAACGUUCGCCCAGGACAGAGUGUAGUCAUUGCUGGUGCAGGUGGAGGCCUUGGUGUUUUUGCAAUUCAGUAUGCCAAGUCUAUGGGACUGCACGUAACAGCUCUUGAUGGGGGUGAAGAGAAGCGCAAGGUUUGCACUGAACUCGGCGCUGAUACUUUUGUCGACUUCAAAACCUCUACGGACAUUGUAGGGGAGAUCAAGAAUGCCACUAGAGGCUUGGGGCCGGAUGCGGUUCUGCUUUUGGCUGCGAGCGAGAAGCCUUUUCAGCAGGCUAGCCAGUACGUCAAGAGCAAAGGCACAAUCGUCUGUGUUGGAUUACCAGCCAAUGCAUUUGUCAAGGCCCCUGUGUUCGACACUGUUGUUAGGGAAAUCAAUAUCAAGGGUAGUUACGUGGGAAACCGCCAAGAUACCGCCGAGGCCAUCGAAUUUUACAGACAGGGUCUGAUCCAUGCGCCGUACAAAAUUGUCGGUCUAUCGGAGCUUCAGAAGGUUUACGACAUGAUGAUUGCGGGCAACAUUGCUGGCCGCUAUGUGGUAGAUACUAGCAGAUGA